GUCAAUCAUUUCUCUUCAAACAAACUAAACGACCUUGUAAUAUUUUAUUGUAUGCUUGGCAAGUUGCACCUCAACUGGUACUAUUACGUACCACGGCCCUUGUUGACUUAGAGAACAAGUAAAAGAAAAUUCCUUUUGGAGUUGAAUUUACAUUAAACUCCAAUACCGUAGCUAUGAUAUUUGUGUGAUAUUAACUACCUAACAGAUCCUAGUAUACCAUGGUAUUACUUGUAAUGGGAAUAUGAAAGAAAGUAACCCACAAUGAUAUACAUAAAAACUAUAUCAAAACAUUGUCACUGAAACUUGUUCAAUUACUUUGGAGUUUGGAUAUUAGAUUACUUCUACUCUGUUGAGGAAUGCAUUACCAUCACAGACCAGAGGUAAGGUUAGUGAAACUAAAUGGAUGUUUUGGUCAUUUCAGGAUUAUGGAAUGAUUUGAGCCUGCAAGUUGUACAAAUCACUUUUGCAUAACAAAUUCAGUUCAUGAUUGAUAAUAAUAUAAUAUGAACCGACCAGACUUGUGUAAUGACCAUAAAUAGCCAAACAAUACGCCAUCUUCAUCACCAAAGUAGUUCAAUCGUUAAAGAGAGGGAAAAAAAAAACAGAGAAUGCAAAGUGUCUUUGCAUUUACAAGUGUUUUAGUGUUUACUUUUGUGCUUCUUUCUGCCAAACUUAGUCUCGUCUCAUCGGCCUGGCAGCAAGCCCAUGCAACCUUUUAUGGUGGUAGUGAUGCCUCCGGUACAAUGGGGGGUGCAUGUGGAUAUGGGAAUCUCUAUGGUGAUGGUUAUGGUACAGAAACUGCAGCAUUGAGCACUGCUUUGUUCAACGAUGGCAAAGCAUGUGGUGGGUGCUAUCAGAUAACUUGUGAUGCAGCCCAAGUGCCCCAAUGGUGUCUUAGGGGGAGGUACAUUACUAUCACAGCCACAAACUUCUGCCCACCGAAUUAUAAUCUUCCUAGCAAUAAUGGAGGUUGGUGCAAUCCUCCACGACCGCACUUUGACAUGUCUCAACCUGCAUUUCUAACUAUUGCCAAGUACAGGGCUGGAAUUGUACCAAUUCGCUAUAGAAAGGUUCCAUGCAACAGAAGUGGGGGCUUGAGAUUUACCAUAAAUGGAAGGAACUACUUUGAGCUGGUGCUAAUAUCAAAUGUAGGUGGAGCUGGCGAGAUUGCUAAAGUAUGGAUCAAAGGGUCCAGAAUGAGUAACUGGGAAGUAAUGUCAAGGAACUGGGGUACUAACUGGCAAAGCUUAAGCUAUCUCAAUGGGCAGAGCCUGUCAUUCAGAGUACAAACCAGUAAUGGAAGCAUUCGCACAGCUCUCAAUGUGGUGCCAGCCAAUUGGCAAUUUGGCCAGUCUUUCAAAAGCAACGUCCAAUUCUAGAUCAAUGAUGCUGAACUUGUGUCCAUUUCUCAUACCUAAUUUUCUACCAUGUUUUUGUGAUUUGUUUUCAAUUCCUGAUACUGUAUUUCAGGAUGUGUUUGUUACCUUGGUCGUGGCUAGUCAUCUCACCAUGACAGCCCACGAAGGUAUCAAAUGGAACAUAAACCAGAAGAGCCAAAAUAUUUGCAGCUCUA